GGGCUGUCGGGAUGUACUGAUGUUGACUGGUGUUCAUUGUAUUGUAAUAAGUGGAGUAUCUGGCAAUUUAACUUCCAUGAGUGUAUGGUGCAAUGCUUGGCGGCCUGUUUUGUUGGGAUUGUGAACUUGUCAGUUGUGACACAAAUCGCCAGAAAGUAAACAGUAGGAAGACAACAAAAUAUUUUUAAAAAAAUGUCGUUUGGCUUCGGAAGUCAAGCUAUUACAACCACCGGAACGGCUUUCGGGUUCGGUGCGAAACCAUCUACACCAGCUUUUGGCCUUGGAACUGCAACUACGACUAGCUCUCUUUUUGGAACACCGCAGCAGGCAAAUGCAACUUCAGGAAUAACAUUUGGCACUCCUGGUGGUACACAGAAUACUGGUUUGUUUGGAACUGCAACAACUACACAGGCUUCAGGAUUAACAUUCGGGACACCUACUACCCAAGCAUCAGGACUUACGUUUGGAGCACAAGCCACAACUGGUCUUUCAUUUGGGACACCAACUACCCAACAAUCCCAACCAACUGCAGCAUCUACAUUGCCAUUUGGGACCCCAGUGUCAUCUGGACAGCCCGCAAUUAAUUUUGGAACUCCCACCACUACAACUCAGACAGGGCUUACUUUUGGAAGCGCAGCACUCUUUGCCACCCCGUCCUCCUCUGCUCCAGCUCAAUUUGGAACACCUGCAACAACUAGCCAACCAACAUUGGCAUUUACUACUCUGACAACUACCGCGGCCCCAAUUCCUUUAUCUUUUGGUAGUCAGGCGACGACUUCAGCUGCUCCUACUCCAGCUUUUGGUUCAGGUGGUUUUGCCUUUGGAGCAUCGUCUACUACAGCAGCAGCAGCACCAGGAACAACAGCAGGAAUUGGUACACUUGCAGCAGCAGCUACAACAGCAACAGCUGGGACAGCAUUUGGCACUCCAGCAACACAAUCACAACCAUUUGGGUCUUCCUUGUUAGCUACCCCUACCUCAAGUAACCUCUUUAGUACACCUACUACUACAAGUACAAGCCUAGGCUUUAGUAUUGGCACAGCAACAAGCAAGCCAGGGGGACUUUUUGCCACAGCAGCAACUGCAACAACUACAUCUGGAUUAACACUACCAGCUUUUGGUAGUACGGCAACAGCAUCUAGCAGCUUAUUUACUUCAUUUACAAAACCUACCACCAGCACAGCAACCACAACUAGCUCUGCACCUUCCAUUGGUCUAGGUGGUCUUGACACAACACAGAGCAAAGGUCUAGCCAGUAGUAUAACAGUUACAGGUGCUUCAGUCAAUCGAGGAGAGUCAAAAACAGUGAAGGAAACUGUCGUUCCUAAUGAACUACUGCAAACAGUGGACAGCUUCAAGGACUUUGUCAAAAAACAGAAAGCUUACUGUUCAGAUGUGGCAAGAAGCUCCCCUAAAACUAUGCAUAAAGUACAAGAGGAUUUAGAGUUGCUGAAACAGAUGGUUGCAUCAGAAGUUAGUGACCUUCAGAGGAAUGUCACAUUGUCAAGCAGGCUGAAGGCAGAUACUGAUAAGUGUCUGCAGACUGUGGAAAUGGCUCAAAAAACACAAGAUACACCUCCAGGAUUACAGUUUGAAAACACUGCUCCUGAUAAAUACUUUGAGGACCUUGUUACACGUUUUGAAAAUCAAAUUCAAGUGUACAAACAAGAGGUUGAUAAAAUUGAGGCUCAUGUAAACGCAGUACUGAGUCCAAAACCUCUGUCAUCACAAGAGUUCUGCUUGGCGUUAAAAAGGCUCCUGGAUUGCUUUGUUGCUGUAGCAGGACGUUUGCAUGAAGUUCAUAACAUGGUGGAGAAUCAAAAGGAACAGUAUUUAAAUUUACUAAAAUAUUUUUUGAAAGAUACAACAAAUGUAUUUGAAGAAGACAAUAAAAAAUCAUCAGACACAACAAAAACAAAAUCUCCAACAAUAUCAACAGGGCCUACAGCUUUCUCUGCUCUGGGAAAUCAAGGUUUUGGAUUGAUAUCAUCAUUGCUUUCAAAAGCUCAACUACCUUCAAGCAAUCCAUUAGGUUGGGGAUCAAAUCAACAGCAGAGUUCAUCAUUGCAACUACAGUACCCACAGCAGCAAUUCUUUUCAUCUGGUUCAACCCUCCUGUCUGGUGGUAUUACAAGUAAUAUUAAUGCACUUUCCACGCCACAACCUGUUGAAAAUCAAAGUUUUCAGCUUCAGAAACCACCUGUGGGCAAUAAAAGAGGAAAGCGUAUUUGAAAAAAAAUUACAUUCAAUUAGACUGGCAUUUCAUGCGUUUCUUCCCAAUAGACUUUUUACCAUAUUACUUCCAUUAGUUAGAAGUUGUAUAGAGUUAAAGUAACAAACUGAAGUAUGAUGAUAAUAUCUGUGCAUCUAGAAGAUGUGUGUAUACCCAUGCAUGAAAAGCUGCGAUCAUAGCCUUGUGUGAUAUGCAGCACAAUGUCAGUUCCUUUCCAAGCAAAGGAGAAAAUUAAGUUUCUUUUUGUAUUGGUUGUGAUAUUAUAUGGUUAAACUCAAAUUUCCUCUUUCUUUAUGAAUUUUGAAAUGUUUGUUUGUAUUGAAUUGUUAAGAAAGUCAUGGCACACACACAAACAUUUUUAAGUUCUUUUAAUUAUUGAUAUCAUGUUAAAAGAGCUGUGCAGUACACAACUGGACCUAAAUUGUCAGAGUUUUUGAUUCCCUAGCUACGAGAGGAAUGAUUGGACCUAAUCUACUUGUUAAGUAUGAUUCUGUUUAUUUUGGGUAUGUCUGUUAUUAUAGAAAAGUUAUCAUCGUUGCAAAAUUUUUGUUGAAAAUGUGAACAAAGGAAAAUAUUUUGAAGUAAACUCUGUGAAACAUUCCAUUUGUUUAUUUAGACUCUUUGGCUUCAUUUACAUUUCUUACCUCUUUCUUUCUUUCUAUUAUUGAUUUACAAUAACCAUUACCAUACUUACAGUGGAACACAAUAUUAGAUACUGAACAUAACUGUAAAACAGAAAUGAGCAUACUACUUGAUUUGUAUGACAAAAUAUUAUGUGAGUCUAUAUAUUAGAAAAAGCCUUCAUUGGUGAUUUUAGUUUCCUAAAACCCUGCUUCACUUUCCCACAUAACUGUUGCUCACAUCUAAGCAUUUUUUUCUAACGUUACACUAUCUUCUUCAGUGCCUUCGCAUAGAAUUGACCCAGUUAAUAAUAGAGGUCUUGAGUUAAUCAUCUUCUCUAAUGAUUGUCAGCCAAGUCACUGUUUCAAAUGCAGGAAGAGGUAAUAAUCAGUAUAAUGCAAAUUCUUGACUGUAGGAUGAUUGAUUCAAAAGUCGUCAACAGAAAUGAUGAUUUUUACUCUUCGUGGAUGAAUAUUGUCAUGGGUGCGAACUGCCCCAGUCAACAGUUUCCUGUACUGUCGAUUUUAGAUGGCAUAUACCAGUUUGGUGAGCAUUUGGCAGUACAUUUCAGCUGUAAUUGUUGACCCAUAUCUCAUGAAGUAAAGCAAAAAAGACCUUUUUUGUUCUAAAAAACUGUAGCCUGUAUUUUUCAACCCGAUUAAGGAGGUUAGGUGAAUUCUUUUAAUUUUUGUGCGGCGCUACUGCAUUAUCUGUUGUUCUGGUUAUGCAUAGCUCUUGGACAUCCACAUCUCGUCAUCGUUCAUCUUGUCAGUAGCAAUUCAGAAAUGCUUAUUUGAUUGAUAUCCUUUGCUCUUUAUGGUGGUGGCUAAAAGUUUUUGGAACUUACCCAGCACAUAGUUUGUUAUAUCCAAGCUUUUCCUUAACAGUGGAGUAGAUAAUGGUGGAUUCUGCAGAAGGAAACUCAUCAGCCUAAGCACUACUCGUCAAUCUUUGAUCAGACUGCAGUUUUUGGUCCAACGUGUUGCACACUCUUAUUGGUCUGGGUACUGGUCGUACCACUCGACUCUUCAUUGCAUACAUUUGUACUGUCACUUUUAAAGUCUCAAUAGCACUGUCUAAUCUUCCCUUCACUUAUUACAGUAGGCUCAUAAACUAGACAGCUUCUGAUCAAUUUAACAGCUGUAGAUACUUUUGCUCCCAAAUUUAAUUACAGCACACACUUCACAACUGAGAGAAGUAACAAUUUUCACAACCAUUGUUAUUUACAUUCACCCAUGUCCGAUUACUAAUGAAUCAAAACAAUAGCUUCUGUGGAGUUGUAAAUAAUUACUGCAUUUGUGCAAAUUUGUUCUGAGCUGCCAACAUUUAAAUAUAGGCAACAACUCUUACUUUUUGAAUAAGCCUCCUACUAAAACAUAUUUCAGCUACCAAUGUCUUUGAUUUAUCUGUCAUUGCUGUGCUUGUUGUUCGCUUUAUAAUCUGUGGAAUAGGAUUACUUUUGAUAGAAGUGAACAACUGUACUGAUGGUGAAGUAGCUAGAUAGUAUGUUCAGAAUCUUGUGAGAUUUUCUAAACCCUUCCAGGAAGCUGACUUGUUCAUCAGAGACAUGUUCGCAAGCAAACAGGAAAAGAAAACUAAAACUCAUUGUGUAAUGAAAGUAAGAUAAUGGUAUUGACAGUUUCAGGUAUUUCCAAGUGCAAACUGAAUUUCAGAAGUGAAAGUACAUGUCUGUGAAUAUUCAUUUAUGUUGCGGGCUAUCUUUUGAAACAUGACGAUUCUAAAAAUGUAACACUGGCCCAAAACGAAUAGUAGCAGAAAGUUUGUAGUUAUGUUUUUUUCCAUUCUUAAAUAAUUAGCAACUGUACCAAGCAAUAAUAGCUUUCAUUCAUGUUAAUUGAAGUACUUUGUUACAUAAUUUUGCUCCAUUGUUAUUUGACGGUAAAGGAAUGUCUCAAAAACUGGAAGAGAAAGAAAAGAAGAAGGUGCUGAUAAAUGAUGUUUGAGGAUGUUAUAUUGAUGCCAGUUUCAGUGCUUCAUUUGAUUAACAGUCACUAAUUGUAGAACUAUGUAUAAAACUGCCAUUAUUUUCUUGAAGAUUUUGGAUUCAUUACUAAACUAGAUAGCAUACUGUUGAAAACAUUGUAUUCAUGGGAGGAGCAAAGUCAAAUACCAGACUGGCCAUCAUGAUUUACAUUUUUUGUGGUGCAACCAUAUUGCUUUGAGCAAAUUUGAUUGUAUUUAUUUCGGUAUAUGCAUUGCCAAUUUUUUCUCCUCAUUUUUGAUAAGUUUCAUAGUGAUACAUCUUUUGUGGCUCUAAAAUCACAGGAUAUUAUUCUAGAAUUCUGGUGCCAACAUUGAUUACAGUACAUACGUUCCCUAACAUACAGAACUUAAAUUUCAGAAAACUCUUUAACAGUGCUAACUAUUAUGAGAUGGAAAUUUCUCCCGAUGAUAGCCAUGCAAACAGCGUUCUCGGUUUACUUGUCACCUAAACUCUUAAGUUUUCGGCAAAUCUCCAUCUUAUGAUUAUAAUUUUGGUAGCACACAUACAUAAAAUGGAAUGAAAAUGUGAACUGGUACAACUGUGGUGUCGUAGAAGUGAAGUGCUAAUGCUGUGUUCCUGGACUCUGGAUGAAUUAAAUAUCAGAAUGUGUGCAGCAUUAAAAUGACCUGAAAAAAAGGAACAUGUAAUAAAGUCACCACUUUGUUUUUGGUGACAAGGAAAGUCAAUAAGAAAUUUAUUGUGUUUAGAAUUAUGAAACACUUCUAACAAAGUAGAUGGUGUGUGUUAGUAAGCAGUUAAUGGUAAAAAAAGUGCCAGAAUAGAGCAAUUACUCUCUCCUCCUGUGAAGAUUAUUUGUGAAAAUAUUACUGCAUUAUUAUAAUAGCAAGUUGUAGUUACUUUAAAGCUGGAAAGGCUCCACAUCUGUGAACAAAAUAGAAUCAGUUGUCUUAGAUACACUCAUAUUCCUUGCAGUUUUUUCUAGUUGCUGUACAACACAGACUCAGGCUGUACUAAACACAAGAUCUUUAGGGUUGUAAUGAGGGUUUUCUUCACCUGUUAGUGUUCUUUUGAAUAAUGUUACGUUAUUGAACCUGUAUGCCAUGAUGUUGAGAGAAGUAUUGUAUCUCUUAGUUCAUAUUGUAGGUAGUUUUUUUCCUCAUAUUGAUGUAUCAUCAUCUUGUGCUGAGAGUUAGAGUGCACCAAAUAAGUCCAGUUUUCUUUCAUAAUAUUUUUAAGUAACCUUUCUCAUUCCUUUUAGAUUACAUACAUUUUAAGUAUGUUUCUCUGAAAGAAUGAAAUUUGUAUAUAUCUGUGUACGUAAUAUAGAUGUCGAUUUUCUUACAGUGUAUAAUCCCACUCUGAAUAUUAAGGUAGAUGCAGUAUGUCAAAUGUGUUGUUGAUAUUGAGUAUGUUACCAUAAGAAAUGCCAGUCUAUUUGAAUUGUAAGGAAUAUCCAAAGUGAUGGACACUGUUGUUGCUGUUGUAUUGUUCUGGUUGAUAUUUAUGAUCUCUGACAUGAUAGUGAUGACAGUAUUAUAUGCUGUUUAGCUAUAACACACUAUAUUACAUUAUUUAGAAAAUAAUCAUAGGCUAAUGAGUGAGUGAACAUUUCAUUUUAAUACCUUGGAGUGUCUUCAGAAACUGGUUGUUGCCUGAAUCCAAGUGAAAAGUUUAUCACACACCUGAAUUUUUAUGAGAAGCUUCAUGUGAAUCCAAACUUUAGAUGGUACGUAUAUCACAUUUAUGCACUGAUUUCAAUUUUAAACUAAAGAUGCUGUUUGCAGCCUGACAGUAUUGUAGGUAUCAUUUAUGAACAAGUUUAUCUCAGUAUUGUGAGAAUUUGUUCAACUGUGUUUUGAUUGAAUGAAAACUGAUUUGUAUAAGCAGGUUGCAUCAACUUGCAUAAUUUCUCAGGAUUUUAUUUUUGUAUCGACAUAAUAAUAAAAAAUUAUCUCUGAUUAUCAA